AUGGAUGCCGCUGCCGACAAUGCAGCUCGUAUUCUUGCAACAGCUCGUGCAUCGGGUGAUCUUAUUGUUCAUAUUCGUCAUGAAUUCACGACUAGCGAUGCACUGUUUUUCAAGCCAGGAUCUGCUGGCGCUCAGAUUCAUCCGAAACUGCAGAACUUCAAAGAUGAGUAUGUUGUGGUUAAACGUUACACCAAUUCCUAUCGAGAAACCAAUCUAAAAGAUAUACUAGAUCGUCAUGGUAUUCAAGAAGUAGUCAUCUGCGGUGCCAUGAGUCAAAAUUGUAUUGAUGCUGUGACUCGUGCUUCGUUUGACUUUGGAUAUGACUGUAUUAUUAUCCAUGAUGCUUGUGCCACCCGUGAUUUUGAAUUCAAUGGAAUGCCAAUUUCAGGUAAAUACGUGCAUGCAGCAUUCAUGGCUGCUCUUCAAUUUGCUUAUGCUAAGACCAUUUCCACAGACGAGUAUCUCGCCAAUGGAAAAAAGUAA